UCUCUCUCCUCUCCCAUCUCUGCUUGUCUCUGUUUUCUUCUCGCUGUCUCCUUCGUUGUCCCUCUAUCUGCGGCCAUGUCUCUUUCCUGAAUCGAUCUCGCGGUGCCUACCAGUUCCUCGGUUCCUUGCGGCUAUGUGUGUGCUGUGUUUGCUAACAAACAGAGAGGACAUUUUUGUGUGAGCCCCGUAUCGGUUUUUCCUUGUCUUCAUUCUUUCUGCUCGUCUCUCGUCCACUCUGCCUCCUUCCUCUUGUCUGCUUCUUCCCCUUGCGUCUUCUUUCUUCGCUUCCUCAUGGUAUUGCUCCUCUUGUUUUCACACCCCGCUGACUCCUUCCGGUCUCUCUGUCCUCUUCUCCGCUCUAAUUGCCUUCUCAUUUCUCUUCUCCUCGUCGAUCAUCUUCUCCUGAAUCGUUUCCUCUAGCUUAUCUCGAUCUUCCCCUCUUGUAUCUCCACUUGCUUCUGCUCGUGGGUUUCCUCUUUUCCUUUGCUUCGUCUCCGAUCUCGUUUCCAUUUGGCAUAUUUCUCUGCAAUGGAGACCUUUCGGCACAAUGGUGGGUGUGCGUCUUCUCUCCUCUUUCUUCUUCUGCGUUGUGUCUUCUCUCUUCCGUUUCAUCCCUGCAGUCAGUCUGGCGUUUCCCCCUAGCGGCAGUGCCUUUCCUCUUCAUCGAAGGCGGCUCGGAGCUCUCGCGUUCUCCUUGCUGAACGGCAAAGAGCUGUCGACUGUCGCUUCGCCACUCACGCCGUAUGGUGCGUCAGGAGACAGCAAGACGUCACGCGCGAGUCUAUUCCAGUUUACUCCUCGUCCGUACUCGUUCGCCUUUCCUUCCUCUCCGUCUGCUUCUUCUUCUCUCGCCGCGUCCUCUCUGCCUCCGCUUCGUCCGCCUUCCCUCGGCGCUGGAGGUGGACAGGCGAACGGCGCCUCUUUCGCGUCUUCUCUCUGCCGGAACAGCGUUCGCCUCUCCUUCUCGCCCACUGGCGGCCGGAGGGCAACGAACGUCUCCGGUGCACAGGCGACUGAAGGAGACAGACGGCUAGGGCGUCUCGGUGCCGCUCUGUCGCGGAUGCCGACGAACGAACCGUCCAUCGAGAGGAAAGAGGAAGCGACUCGAAUUCGACAGCCGCCUCUCAACUGCUCUCGGGGACAAUGCGCAGCGGCGCGAGACGCCGACCGAGACGCCGACCGAGACGCCGGCCGAGACGCCGAGGGUGUCACAGCUGGCGAGGUGAUGGAAAGUUCUCUGAAAGGCAGAGAGAGGAAACCACAGCAACCAGGCGUCAGACAAACGGGUGUGCGGCCUCUCCUGCCAAUCGACAAACGUUUCGGUGUUUUCCCCGGUCCUGCUGAGCCUGUUAAAAGACUUUGUCUCUCACUUCAAGAUCUGAAGACGUUCUGCAAGGACCAUGCCAUCGUUGUGCCGGCCGCUGAGCUGUAUGGGGGCCUGAAGGGCACAGUCGACUUUGGAGCUGUCGGCCACCGGCUGCUUCAAAAUCUCCGGCGGGCAUUGAAUUCCUUUUUCCUUCGCGAUGCAUGCGAACCAUUGUCGACUUCUCUGCACCGCGAUCUGGCUUCUUUGUCGCCUGAGGCACCGGGAGACGCUUUGACAAAGGACCUCAGAAGUCUCCCCCUGCUUCUCUCUCCAUCCCCGCCCCGCCACUCGCAGUCCGUCUCCCUCCCUGAGUUUCGCUGGCGCGGACCAUCCUGGAGCGAGAAGGAGCCUACGGAGCCUCUUCAUCCGAUCCAGCAGAAGCGGGCGGCUGAACAAAGCAGAGAAAGCAGAGACGAGGCAGAGGAGCGUUCAUCCGCGAGCAACGCGGCGUGGAUGCGGGAGACACAGACUGACAGGAAGCGCUCCCAAGCCGGGGAAAGCGACGUCUGCGAAGAGGCGAGAGAACGCGGAGAAGGGAGGAGAGCAGAAGGCGCGUUUAUACCACCACCUUGGGGACCGAUCUUCGCUGUGGAAACAGCAUGUCUCGGGCCUGCAGCUGUCUGGGCAGGUAGCGGUCACACCCGUCAUUUCGUGGACUCCGUUGUUCGCUGUAGAGACACCGGGCAGGUGUUCAGGACCGACUCGCUGGUGUUUCGUGAGAAGGAAAUCAGCAGUCGACGUGGAUCCAGAUUUGAGGUCAGACCACUCUCAGCUACGGCACUCAGGCCGAGCGAGGAGGCUCGAGAAGCCCAGAGGAGCUGCGCCGACGGGAACCGAGAACACUGUCAGAUAGAUGGAAAGAAGAUACGCGAGCGAGAUGAACAAGGAACAGAAGAACAAGGGCGUUUUCGUCACAAGGAAUCCUUUUCGUCCUGGCGGCUUUUGACGGAGGCACCUCUCGAGCGGUUUCCGGAGCUUCCUUCGCCUGUGACAGGUCGCAUCGGGGCCCUGUCAACUCCGUACCUGCGGAACUUGAUGCUGCAAACGCGCCUCUCGCGCUACACCUCGCUCAAGGACACAGAACCCAGUGGCGAGCGAAAAGGAGGAGAAGAAGCCCUCGGGUACGCACGAGGCCGUAGAGGAGAUACGAAAGGCGAUUUGCCGCUGGAUGCAGACACGGAAGAGAGCGCGGGGAUUUUCAGACCUGAAACUGCCCAGGAAAUGCUCAUUUCGUACCGGAGCCUUCUGCCGCCGUUCCUCGCACCUUCGCUGCCCUUUGGCAUUGCACAGGAAGGGCGUUCGUGGCGCAACGAGUUGAUUUCUACCUCUCGGUUUCUCUUUCGUCUGCGCGAGUUCCGGCAAUUCGAGAUCGAAUACUUCCUGGACGCUACAAAGGCAAACAGCUUCCAUACGUUGAACGCCUGGAUCUACGAGCUGGCGCGUUUCUUCACUGCCAUCGGCCUGCCCACGGAUCUCCUCAGUGUCGCAGAACAGGGCGAGAAGGAUCGCUCUCACUACAGCUCGAGAUGCGUUGACUUUUCUUUUCGUUUUCCCUUUGGAGACGCUGAGCUUUGUGGCAUCUCCCUCCGAGGAGACAACGACUUGAGGGCUCAUCAGCAGCACUCGGGGCAAAGCCUCGCGCUCCCACCGGCGAGCGGCAGCUCGUCGACUUCUUCCGAUUGUGCAUCUUCUGCGUCGCCUUCGUCUUCGGCUUCCUCCGGAAUUCUCCCUCACGUUGUCGAGCCCUCUGUCGGAUUAGAAAGACUUCUCCUUGCGCUCCUAGCAUCCUCCUUCGUUAGAGAUACUGUCGACGGCAAAAUGCGUACUUUCCUCAAUCUUCAUCCGGCAUUGGCCCCCUUCCAAGCAGCAGUCUUUCCCGUCGUCACCAACGUGCAUGAAUUAACAGCACGAGCUCGUAGGCUCUGUGGCUGGUUACGCGAAAGGGGAUUUAGCGUUUUGUGGGAUUUCUCCUCCACCUCGAUUGGAAGACGAUACCGCCGUGCAGACGGGCUAGGGAUACCCUUUUGCUUCACACUUGACCGGACAUCAUUGAACGACGGCACCGUGACGGUGCGAUGGCGAAACUCUGCUGAACAGCGAAGACUAAAGUUCGAAGAGGCAGAAAGCUUUCUGAAGGAGCGCACCGAAUUUCGAUUUCAAGACUUUUGUUGGAAGCCGUCAGAACCGCAACGGAAAGGCGCUCCCAACAAUCCGAUGAAUUAAUGAUUGGAGGCAAAUACAAGGAGCAAAGGCGUUCAGUGCAUCCAUGGAGCGGAAACGGGAGGAACAGGAUCAGAAGGAAUGCUUGAAGGGACGCUGAAGGGUGCCAGAACAGGCCUGAGGAUGCUAGAGGCCGGGGCAUGUGGCAGUGUGAGCAGACAUAUGACGAACGUGGAGACACGAUCAAUGUCGUUGCCUACGAAUGCCGAACGAUAACGAAACCUCAAGGGUUGUGGCGUUGGCAUUCUGGUGGUGGAGGAACUGGGAAAAGGGAAAGGAACAGGAGCAAGAGGGAACAGGAGUAAGAAGAAUGUACUCC